AUGUCGAGCUUCUCCAGAGUGUUUAUGCGCGCGGCCCGCUACCAGCGUGGCGUCAACCCGGUUCAAAAUGCGCUGGGAAUGCAGGGCACCAGCAGAUACAUGAACGGCAUACGGAACUAUGCUGCUUUCACCCGUGACAAGCCGCAUGUCAACAUUGCCGCCAUCACCAAGCGACAAGCCGAGAAGGGCUACGCAAAGUUCCUCGAAUAUGGCUCCAUCGACAAGGCGCCUGAGGAGCGCAAGCGUGGUAUCACCAUCGCAACCGCCCACAUCGAGUACUCGACCGACAACCGCCACUAUGCCCACGUCGACUGCCCCGGUCACGCCGAUUACAUCAAGAACAUGAUUACCGGAGCUGCCAACAUGGACGGCGCCAUUAUCGUCGUCGCCGCCUCGGACGGCCAAAUGCCCCAGACCCGUGAGCACUUGCUGCUGGCCCGCCAGGUCGGCGUGCAGAAGAUUGUCGUCUUCGUCAACAAGGUUGAUGCGAUCGAGGACAAGGAGAUGUUGGAGCUCGUCGAGAUGGAGAUGCGCGAGUUGCUCAGCAGCUACGGCUUCGAGGGCGACGAGACGCCCAUCAUCAUGGGCUCUGCGCUCUGUGCGCUCGAGGGCCGCGAGAAGGAGAUUGGCGAGCAGCAGAUUGACAACCUCCUCGAGGCUGUUGACUCUUGGAUCCCGACCCCGGCUCGUGACACCGACAAGCCCUUCCUCAUGGCCGUCGAGGACGUCUUCUCCAUCGCCGGCCGUGGAACCGUCGUCUCGGGUCGUGUCGAGCGCGGCGUGCUCAAGAAGGACAGCGAAGUUGAGCUCGUCGGCAAAGGCAGCACCAGCAUCAAGAGCAAGGUCACCGACAUCGAGACCUUCAAGAAAUCCUGCGACGAGUCGCGCGCAGGCGACAACUCCGGCCUUCUCCUGCGCGGCGUCAAGCGCGAGGAUGUACGUCGCGGCAUGGUCGUCUCUGUGCCAGGCAAGGUCAAGGCGCACAGCAAGUUCCUCGUCUCCAUGUACGUGCUGAGCAAGGACGAGGGCGGCCGUCACACAGGCUUCGGCGAGAACUACCGCCCGCAAAUGUUCAUCCGCACUGCGGACGAGUCGUGCGCGCUGCACUGGCCCGAGGGCACAGAGGAUGCCCACGAGAAGCAGGUCAUGCCCGGCGACAACGUCGAGAUGGUGUGCCAGCUGCACCAGCCGCACGUGCUGGAGACGGGCCAGCGCUUCAACAUGCGUGAGGGCGGACGAACAGUCGCCACGGGUCUGGUCACGCGUGUCUUGGAGUAA